AUGGGCGGAGGAAGGCGGUUUCCAUCAGCGGUCAACCAGGAGCAAGCGGACGGUUCAGUCGUGACACUUCCUAUUCAUCUGGAAGCGUUUGAAAAUUUCAUCCAAUUAUGUGUAGCCGUGAAUGUAGUGGAAGUGAUGUGGGGGAGUAAUUUUCCUCUGGGUGCAGUGACUGUUGAAAACGGUGUUAUCAGGUUGUUCAGAGACUGGCUAAGGAACCAUGCGAAGCAUUCCGGUCAAUCUUUUGGGUCCUCUCCAGGGUCGGAAGAAUCCGAUAAUACUGCCUAUUCGUCGACCAGUGAGGUUCCCUAUCAGAUGGUUUGGGUGGGUCAAAACAAGAACGUUGGUCUUAAGGUGCGGGUUAAGGAGAAGAAUCCAAUGGACGAAUCUGGGAACUGGGCUUGGGGUGGACCAGUUCUUUCUUAUCGUGAGGAGGAGCAAUCUGCUAGCUAUGAAUUGACUAUAGAAGAAUUACAUGUCCGAACUACUCGUCUCUUUAUGACACUGGAGAAGUCAUUGAAGCACAGUUUCCCCAAAGUUGUGAACUUCACACGGAGCCGCGGAUAG